AUGGCCACUCAGAGGGAGGCCCCGGAGGGAGGCCGCGAGGGCAGCGGGACCCCUGGGCGCCUGAGGGUGCUGGUGGCACCCUGUAACUCUGCACACGGUGCUACGUUUGCAAUUAAGAAGUGCGAUCUUUAUCGAUUAGAGGGGUCCCCCCCCCGCCCGCCCCGGCCGGUGACAACCGUGCUCACCCGGGAGGAUGGGCUCAGAUGCUACCGGGCGGUGCAGUUAGUUGUUCGCAUCGCCCGGACCUGAAGGCGGAUCAGCUGUAUCCGUGGAUUCGGUCACUUGUGCGACGGUCAGGGGUGUCGCGUGGGCCUGGAGGCCGGGAUCAGCCCCACCGGUCGCAGCACCUCCUGUCGGGCUCAGGGCUCGAGCUCCCCUCGUGGAAUCUCCGUGCGACCGGUUCUCGCAGAGCUGACCCUGGGCGGGGGCGGAGCUCGAGCGAAAGGGGGCGCGAUGCACACGCGGGUCGGCCGGGACCUCCUAGGGCGGCGACCCGUUGCCCUGGGAGCUGGCGUCGCGCAGGCCUGGAGGUACUGGGGGAGCCAAGACGUCUGUGGGCCGCUCCGCGGCGAUGGCGCUGCCAAUCAGGGAUGCGCACGGCUGUCGCCAGGGCCCCGGGACCGACGGUGGGGGGAGGGGAUGUCCUGUGAGCUCGGGAGGCAGCUAAGUUUGCAGCGGCCGACAGCCCAUCCGAAAAGGGGCCCGUAG